AUGGAUUUCAUUCUGGUCCAUUACGAAAACAGGAACGAAGCUAGUGUAUACUUCAUGAGAAGUCAUGAUAUAAUCAUAGCGGCCCUCCAAUACAUGAUUGUCUGUUUGAAUUGGCAAGAUGAAAGUGGGUUGUUCUUUGGUACCUUUGUCGGCUAUGCCUCUGGAAGAAGUUUAAAUUCAUCCGGUUUCGUUGAAAGCUCGGCUUUACGAUUUGUUUACCCAUACACCAAUGGAAUUUACCGUGUCGACGAUAAUAACGAACUUAUCCUCGUCGGCUAUAUCA